UUUUUUUUCCCUCUCUUUUUUUUUUUUUGCCGGCCAGCAGGUCCGGCAACGCGGGGAAAACUGGCUGUGUCUGUUCCGUGUGCGGAGGGCCGCCUACAGGCUUGAAUUUAUUGAAUUAGAUUAUAUAAUGGUCUCAAUGGUUGACCAUACCGAUAUGGCCAUGGAUUCAAUCGUGCCUAAACAUGAACCUGGUCCUGAUGGUUCCAUCAGUUCCACCGUGUCAACACCAGAUCCAGAAGCCGAACCUUUGACUCAGGAUGCCGCCCAGACUCAGAAGAGGAAAGGAGGCAGAAAACCUAUAUAUGCCACCUCCGAAGAACGAAAGCAGCGCAACAGGCAGGCCCAGGCGGCCUUCCGAGAACGCAGGACGGAGUACAUCCGUCAGCUAGAGACCACCAUCAAGCGCAAUGAGGAAUCUCUACAGAGUCUGCAGCAGAGUCAUCGCAGUGCCGCCGAUGAAUGUCUAAUGUUGCGAUAUAAGAACUCCCUGCUGGAGCGGAUUCUCCUUGAAAAAGGCAUCGAUGUACAGGCCGAACUUCGCCUGAAAACAGGGGCGCCGGGCGCUCCUCCCAAGGCAAACCCUAUGCCCCCAAAGUCAGCGCCUAGCGCGGUUGGCGCCCGCUCCAACCAACGACACCCCGCAGGCAUCGCCUCGAAGCCCGAGACGUUCGGCAUGUCGCAGCGGGAAGGUGCAUACGGCAUCCCGUCGCCGCAGUUCCAAGCAACCCCGACGUCCCACGUUUCCUCGCCCUCGCACGCCAAGUCCCCCGGCUUCGGCUUCCAGGGCGCCAUGUCACCUGUGGAGGCCGGGCGGCCCCAACUCCUCCCCCAACCCCGAAGCUUCAGUCAGACUUCGCCGCCGGCAAUCAGCAUGCCGCAGACCGAGCCGUCAGAUUCGAAACCCCAAUCCCGUGGUGCGGGAGCUAUGGGUCCUCGCGGUGCGCGGGUCGCAGCGGCUGCUUACUAUCCCUCUCCAUUCCAGAAACACUACGACCAACUCGAGCAAGAGUACGAUGCCCAGGCCGAUAUGGUCGACGAAGACCACGACGGCUCAACAUCAUAUGUCCCUGGAUUCAACCCACAGUCUGUCGCCUCAGGCUCCCACAAUAUGUCCGGUUUCAACCAACCACCAGGCGAGGGCACGCCCAGCGAUUUCGGCAAUGCAAAUCAGCUGCUUGGUCAAUACGAGCCGAUGCUGGAUACAGAUCCAUUCGGGUUAAGCGCUAGCAUGCACUUCCCCCACGCCGUUCAACUACGAGCACAACAACUCGAGGCAAUGAACGGC